AUGAGCUUGAUGGCGAGGAGCGCGGUGCCGGCGCCGUUCUCAAUUGCGCCCUCGUGGAACUGGAGCGGGAAUGAUGGUUCUUGGUCGACCUUCGAGAUCGCGGUGGGCACGCCGCCACAGUCCUUCCACAUACUGCCUGCGACCGGAUCAUCAGAGGUCUGGGUCCCCAUACCGCAGGCAUGCGAGGGUGUCAUGAUCAACGUCCCGAACUGUGGUUUACUACGUGGGGUUGAAGAAGGACGAGGAUUUGAGACAAACGCUUCGUCCAGUUGGGACCUGCUGGGAAUUUACGAGCUGGAGGCUGAGCAGAAUCUCUGGGGUCCCACAGGCAAUCCGGGGCAGUAUGGCCUUGAUAAGGUCACAUUGGAGGCAUAUCCAUCGGGUCAGAGCGUACACCUCGCCGAGCAGACGGUGGCCGGGUAUGCGACGGCCAACGCGUGGGUAGGCAAUCUGGGCCUGGGUAUAAGCGUGGGAAGUUUCGCGGACGUCCAUAAAGGCACUGUACCGAGCCUUUUGGAUGCAAUGAAGAGCCAGAACCUGACCUCGAGUCUGUCUUUUGGUUAUGCUGCAGGCGCCUCGUACUCAUCGCCUCGAGACUACGGCAGCUUGAUUUUGGGCGGAUACGACAAGGCACGCUUCGAACCCAGCAAUCUCAACUUCUCCAUAACCGGCACGGACAGCAAGGCAUUGCCCCUCAACAUUGUGAGCGUGAUAGCCGAGAACACGCUCAAUGGAACCCUGUCCCUUCUGCCAGAUGCCAGUUCCAUCACCACAGUGAUUGAUUCGACUAUAUCUCAAAUGUGGUUGCCAGCGGACGUCUGCGAACUGUUCGCUGAAGCAUUUGGCCUGACAUACGACGAAACUACAGGCCUGUACCUGGUCAAGAGCGCCGCGCAUCGCGAGCUCGUGCAAAACAACCCUAAGGUGACUUUCACAGUCAGCAGUGUCAAUGGCUCCAGUGCCACCACAAACAUUGAAUUGCCGUACGCCGCAUUCGAUCUUCAGGCGGGCAUGCCAAUGUUCAAUGCCUCAACCAACUACUUCCCACUCCGGCGCGCCGCGAAUGAAAGCCAGCAGGUGCUGGGAAGAGCAUUUCUGCAAGAGGCGUAUAUCUUUGUUGACUGGGAGAGGGACUACUUCACGAUCGGGCAGUCCAUUCACCAGAACGACACCACGAACAUUGUCCCUGUGCUGUCGCCUGCCUACGAUUCUGGGAACGACGCAGACUCGAGCGGACUCAGCACGGGCGCGAUCGUCGGCCUCGCGAUAGGAGCAUGCGCAGUGAUUGCAGCAUUCAUUGGCGUGGCGGCCUUGAUGGUCAUUCGAUCACGGAGAAGACGCCGGGACGCUGAAAGACUCAAGACGGAUUUGCCCACUGAGCUGCACAGUGAGCACAUCAAGCCGCCGGAGAUCAUGUCCGCACAGGUCUACGAGAUGAACUCUGGCGAGACUUCGAGGCAUGAGUUGAGUGAGAACGCGAAGCCGUUGAUUGAGCUGCAAGCGUCGACUCCAGAGUCUGAGCUGGAUGGUGACGGCGAGCGGUAUGGGAGGUAUGGAUGGGACAAGAAGCCGAAUACUUAUUAUGAGCUGCCUUGA